AGUAUGGCAGGCAGGCCCUGAUCUAGAGAUCUCUGUAAAUAAAGACGAUUUAUACGGUGUGUUCAGAGCUAACUGUCGUGUGUGUGUAGUGAUCGCUGGCCGUGAAGUGUUUCGGAGAUCCUCUCGUGGGAAUGUUCGGAGAGAGAGAGUGAUCUCGGAUACUUUGGAUGUUUUACUGAUCUCAGGAAAGAAGAUUUGCACUAUGAACCAGCAGUGAACGUCAGUUGUGUUACUUUAUAAACGCAUGUGCACCAGAGCGAUGGAGAGUGACUGUAGGAUCCCUAUGGCUUGUCUGAGACCCCGGAUACUGGCCCUGCAUGCGUUAUUCUGGGGCUUGGUGUCCCUUAGAGUGUUUGGAGCAGCACUUCUUAGCGAUGAGAAGGCAACAGUUGCAGUGACAGCACCGUGUUGGCAGCUGGAGGAGUUUGUGGUGGCUAAAGAGUGCAGUGCAUGUGAAGGUUUGCAAUCGAAAACUAUACCAGCCUGCAGCCAAACAGGAUUUGUAGAAAAGAUCAACUGCACUAAGUCUAACAGAGAUGAAUACAAGAGCUGUCGCUCUACCAAAAUGGAGGAGCAUCUCUUUUGGAAAUUUGAGGGCGUUAUGCUGGCUCUCACUGUUGUCUUUGCAAUAAUGGUGGUUGCUAGGCAACGCUCACUUGACCGCCAAGCCUCAGACAAGGUUCGGCGUCAGAUAGAAUCUAUUUAGUAGUCCGGACUGUACUAAAAGUUAAUUGGCCUGUGGCCUGGUGUCAUAAACUCUCAGCAAAUGGCAUAACCCCACAGUCCAUGGAGGCUUCCAGACUUUAACACUGGUUUAAUCUUACUGGACGCACAAAGACAAAGCUCUGAAUGGGCACAAUGUGCUCUCCCCCCCAGACUGACAUUACUUGUGGAUGCUGCUUCUGUGCAGGAUUUAACUAACUAGAUGUGAAUCUCAAGAUCAUCCCAUCAAAUCAGCAAAAAUUAUGCAAGACAGGAUUCUAGUCCCUAUUUUGUAAGAGAAGAUGUAAAGCUCUGCGUAUACCUGUUCUUUCAAAUGCUGUGAAGGUGGUGUGUGUAGAACAAAAUAUGGGUGUGUUGCAUGUUUUCAAUAAUCCGAAAGCACAUCAAGUAUUUUUUCAAGCUUAGAAAGAAUUGUA